CCCGUCGCGUCCCGCCCGGCGCCGCUCCGCGAUGGCGUGCGCGGAGCUGCUGGCGAUGUGCCUGCUGUCGGCGAAGCGCGGCCCCGCGCCGCGCCGCGAGCCGCUGCCCAUCUUCCACGACAUUUUCCGGCGAGCCGACAAGAACGAUGAUGGGAAACUGUCAUUUGAGGAGUUCAAGAACUAUUUUGCCGAUGGAAUCCUGAGCUCGGAGGAGCUGUGGGAGUUGUUCAGUGGCAUUGACAGGCGUCAUUCAGACAAUGUAGACACGGAGAAGUUGUGUGAUUAUUUCUCAGAGUAUCUUGGAGAAUACAGACAUGUGCUUUCUGCACUGGAAACCCUGAACUCUGCUGUCCUGGCAGCCAUGGACAAAACCAAGCUGAGGUAUGAGACCUCCUCUAAGAUGGAGCAGUUCCUGACCCGCUUCCUGCUGCGGGAAACUGUGACCCAGCUGCAGUCACUGCAGACCUCACUCGAGUGUGCCGUGGACACCAUAGAGGAGCAGGCAGGACGGGAGAGGAAGGAUGUAAAGAAAUCUGAGACCUUGAUUGGCCUGAGAUCAGGAAGACGAUUUGGGCGCAGAGGACAGAAAAACAUCUGUCUGUCUCCAACAGACCCCUAUUCCGGGAUGCUAACAACAGGCAUUUGUGUCGAAGCUGACAACCAGUGGAUGGCCCAGAUUAACAGGCUCCAGCAGCUCAUUGAGAAACUGGAGUGCAAGAGCCCACGCCUGGAGCCUCUGAAGGAGGAAGCAGUGUGCAAAGAGAGAGAUGCGCACAUCCUUGUGGCGAAGAGGCAGAUCUCGGUGGCAAAGAGCAGCAUCGAGGAGUUUCGCCAGGCAUUCAGGUCCUACACGGAGGUCACAGCCGGGCAGAGCAGCUGCCUGCACGUGUCCGCCUGCAAGCUGACAAACGAAGCCUGCUUCAUCCUUUACGAAUUCUGGCAGGAUGUGUCUUCGUGGAGAAGCCACUUGCAGUCCAGCCACAGCAAGACUUUCCAACGGGCCAUCAUCAGCUUGCUGGAGGCCCCAGAGCUGCUGACCACCAUGCUCUUCCCAGCCUCCUGGUGGAUCAUGAACAACAACUAGCCCUCGGCAGCAGAUCCCGGGAUGCAGCCAGCAUGCAGAAGGCCGCCGCAGCGCCCUCGGCGCAGCCGCCACCUCCUUCGCCAGCGUCUGUCGCCUCCUCCUUGCCGCCCCCAGCCCGGGGCCACCUGCUCCUCCAUGCCUUGGCCCUCGCCCCUGGCCGUGUUCAACCUUCCUCUUCCCCCCCAUGAUGUAUUUAUUCACCCCGCCGUUGCCAGAGAUGGUGCCCGGGCUGCCGGCUGCCCACUCCCGCUGGCGCAGAGCCGCUCCUGGUGGCCUUGCACCGGGGAAGGGCGCCGGCGUUGCGGGGCCGGGCGCUCUGUGGGCAGCGGGCCGGCGCCGCGCGACGCGGCGUGGGCUGCACUCGGGGAGCGGCGUCCCGCGGCGUGCCGGCACGGGGAGCGGCGUCCUGCGGCGGAGGAGGCGUCGCCGGGGUUGGCCUUGGCUGGCGGCGACAGGCAUCCCGCCGCUCUGCCAGCUCCGGCCAGGCCUCGGGGGCACCAAGCCUCUUGGCCUGGGCUAGGACGGCUCCACGGCCAGCCCGGAGGAGCAGAGCGGCACCGAGAGCGCCCAGACCUGCCAGCUAGCGUGGGCUGAAGAGCGUUUUAUAUACACAAAAAAACCGCAAAGGCCGAGCGCAUUCCUGGGCAGGCGCACCGAAGCCGCGCCGAGACCCAGGGCGGCCCACGCGCACCCGCUGCUUCCCGGUUUGCGUGCCGAGAACCGCCUCGCGCUCCCUGCAGAGCUGUGUACCCCGAGGCUGGCGGUCGCGAAUAAACCGCUCCACAGCUGC